AUGAGUACGACGACUCGAUUAGCACACACACAGCGUAGACAAGGCAGGCGUGUCAAGGACUUUUUCGACGACAAUACCUUUGAAUUCGCUGCCAAAAGCCGCCUGCCGAUGGGAUUUUUCCAGGAUCUGGAUGUGCUUCAGGACAAGAUGGAAGAAAUCAGGCAAGAACCUGGGGAGGAAGAGGCUGGUAAAAAGGAGCAGGAGCGAUCAUCAUCUCGGCUUGAGGAACAAAUGCAGUUGCUGAACUCUGUGAGGAAACUCGAGAGUAAACUGGCGCAAAUGAAGUCCAAACUGGCCGAGUCAACACAACACACACCCGUCCGAACCGAGCCCCCACCACGUCCUCCUGAGGUGGUUUUGUCGAGGGAUGACUAUAAGGCACUGGUCGACUUGUACUUCUAUACCAACCACAGCCGAUUCGACCCUGAGUCACCAGAUAUCUCUCCAACGCCAGUGCUGCUCGAAGAUUAUGCAUUCAAAUUGUCAGAGGACUUCGCUCCACCGCAAGCCUUUGCUGAGUUCUACAACGACGAUGAAGACUUCAGAUCGCCGUUAAAAGAGGUAGAGGAAAGACUGCUUUCCCGACAACUCCGGGAAGUCAAGGUCACGCAGGAUUUUGUUGAUCUUUUGCUGGACAACCACUCUAGCAACGCGGAGCUAUUCAAAGCGUACAAACGACUUCCGCAGCCUGGUAUGGCAUUCCUGCCUCGAGGCAUAAUCAGGAUCUUCUUACAACGCAUGGCGACUCCAUGGCAGAAGAGCGAAAAAUCGAUGAUCCGCUACCUCUCACUGAUCGACGAUGCGCAACGGGCAGAUGUACCAGUCACUCGAGCUGAAUGGGCUUCGGCGAUCUAUCUAGCUGGACGAUCAUUCGCCAAGGUCACUCAAUCAGAAGUCAAUGCCGCCUUUCAAAUAUGGAGACGGAUGGAGACCGAGGCCGGUGUCAAGUCUCAUCAUGUCACUCUCAAUAUCCUCUUCGACAUUGCGGUCCGAGCCAACAAAUUUCCUCUGGCCCAGAUGGUGCUCAAGGAGAUGCACGACCGUGGACUUCGACUGAACCGACUCGGUCGCGUCAGUGUCAUCUAUUACCAUGGCCUGCGAGCCGAUGGAGAUGGUGUUCGAAAAGCCUAUCGAGAUUUUGUGGAUGCCGGUGAGAUUAUUGAUACGUUGGUGUUGAACUGCGUGAUUGCAUCUUUAUACAACGCACAAGAACCAACGGCUGCGGAGCAGAUAUAUGAACGCAUGAAGAGUCUUCAACAAAAUCUGCGGCGAGGGAAGAGAGACGACGGUCAGACUGUCUUAUAUAGACGCUAUCCGUUGCCCGGAGGGGAAGUGAUCGAGCAUGAACUAGCAGCAAACCACCUCAAGAGGGUGUUGCUGAAUGCCUCGAGAUUGAAGGAUAUUCUUCCCGAACACCACCAACAGCUACAGGACUCAAUGCCACUGACGCCUGAUCAUGUCACUUACCGCACCAUGAUCUCUUACCAUGUCAAUGUCUCUGGAAAUCUAAAUCGAAUCACAGUCUUGCUCGAAGAGAUGAAUAGUCUCUUCAACCUACCUAUGCAAAGCAUAUUUUUUCAGUUGUUGUUCAAGGGAUUUGCCAUGCAUGGAGCUACUAGAGAUCCUGACGCGUCCUGGAACAAUCAACGCCUCGAUCUUGUCUGGAAAGCAUGCCAAGACGCCAUCAGAGCCGGUCAAGCAGCUACAAGGGGCAAAUUCUCCAGAGACACUGAUGCCACGCUACCUACAUCCGAGGCGAUCGAGCGAAACCUUGAGGACACGUCUGAACACACGCGACCGACACCUUUGAAGAAGCUGAGCACAUGGAACGAGUUUGUUCUAGAUCUGGCCGUGUUUCCUCGAGAACGGCGCAAACACAUUGAGCGCGUUCACGCCGAGCUUUUCGACGAGGAAGAAGAACAGAAACGGGCCUUGUUCAAGUCGUCAUCCUCAUCAUACACCAGUAAACAGUCUCUUCCACAUACUCAAGAGACGUACUACCCUCUCGGCGAGGCGAGUCUCGAUCAAGAAGAAGGUGAAUACGUUUUGCCAUCGCCCAGUCAAGUGAUUGAUCCUGCGUUUGAACAGCACCGACAGGACGAACCGUGGCUCGACACGGAGCAAAGGAGUGACUGUUACGGAGAACAUGAGGAGCAGCGCUAUGAUGGACGAGAUCAAGACGGUGAUUAUGAUCAUGACCAUGAUCAGGAGCAGGUGCAAGACCACGAGGUUCCGGACGAGCGCGACACGAAACCCAUCUCCAUUACGUCAAAGCACCAAGUCCAAGCGACGAGACCGUUGAUAUGUUGGCUCCUGCGCGCUUACACGGUUUGUACCGGCGACCGGACGAAAGUCGAACAAGUCUGGGCUAGUGUUCGUCGGCUGUGGAAGACGCAGGAUCCGAAUGAUCGAGAAAAUGUGUCGAGGGUGCUGAGAAGGUGUCUAAGGGAUUGUGAUCGGUUUGGGCCACCGUUGUGA